AUCCACCCCCCCUCCGCUCCCCUCCUUUUUCCCUUCAUUCCAUCCCCUCCCCGUUAACUGUAUUUUUUUUCGGUCUAACAGUCGGCUGAGGGUUGGGGUGGUGAAGGGGGGGGAUAUAUUUUGCAUCGCGCUUUAGCAGGAAUGUGGAAGCCGCAGCUUUAGUGAGGGGACCCACAUUUCCAACAGCGGCGGUGCCCGGGGAGCUCAGCGUCCUCCUGCACGCAUCGGUUUGGCCGUGCCGUAGCGCGGGGAUGCGCACGCCGUAUUUAUACAUCCAUCAUCCCCAGCCACGCCGGCGGCGAGCUGCGGUUUGGCCCUGGAUCCGUCCCUCGGCCCUUUUCCUCCCGUCCGCACCCUGGGAUGCUCUGCGUGGGGACGGCGGGACGGGCAGCUCCCAGCCCGGAGCCCUCGGGGACGGAAAUGGGAUCGGAGAGGAGAGGGAAAAGUUUUGGGCCCUUUCCCGGCGUGCAGCCUGCGGGGCGGAUGGAUGGACGGACGGACGGAUGGAUGGAUGGGUGCAGGCCCUGCGGAUUGGGGCGAUCGGGGAUGAAAACGCAGCUUUUCUUUUUGUCUGCUUUCAGGAAAAAGCCCUACGUUCCCACGGGUUGGGUCGGUGGGAGCCGCUCCGCUUUUGUUCCUCCGCGUGUCUGUGUUUUUUGGGGUGUGUGAAGUUGUCCUCCUUGUCCCCCCGUAGAGAAACGCCCCGCGUGCGGCACCGGUUCCCAGCUAGAUCUGGAGAUGGACGCGGAUAAGGGGAAGCAACGCCAGUACUCUCAGAGCGAAGGCGAGACAGAGAGGGCUGCCAAAGUAGAGACGUUCCCUAGAGAACUGUAGCUUGACUUAGCGGCAGUUUGGUAGGAAGUUGGAAGGCUAUAGUGAGCUGCGGGGCCUGGCGCUCGUACCCACCCGUGCCAUCAUCUACCUCCAUCAAUCUGGAGCCUCAUCGACACGUCUCCCCAGGCAGCUGCGGCCAUCUGGCUUCUGAGGCCAGCCUGAUGGCGGAGCCUCGCUUCAACAACCCCUACUUCUGGCCGCCUCCCCCCACCAUGCCCAGCCAGCUGGACAACCUCGUCCUGAUCAACAAAAUCAAAGAGCAGCUGAUGGCGGAGAAGAUCCGGCCCCCGCACUUGCCCCCCACCUCCGUUGCCUCCCAGCAGCCCCUCCUGGUGCCCCCCUCUCCUGCUGAAAGCAGCCAGUCCAUCAUGUCCCUCCCCAAGCUGCAGCAGGUGCCAGGCCUCCACCCGCAGGCGGUCCCGCAGCCUGACGUGGCUCUGCACGCUCGGCCGGCCACCAGCACCGUCACAGGGUUGGGGCUGGCAUCCCGUGCGCCCACAGUCAGCACCUCUGAGUCCAGCACGGGCACCACCACCCCUUCCACACCCACCUCCACCAGCCAGAGCCGCCUCAUCGCUUCCUCGCCCACCCUUAUCUCAGGAAUCACCAGCCCGCCCCUCCUCGACUCCAUAAAGACAAUCCAGGGCCACAGCUUGCUGGGGGCACCCAAGACGGAGCGGGGCCGCAAGAAGAUCAAGGCGGAAAACCCUUCGGGGCCGCCCGUCCUCGUGGUUCCCUACCCCAUCCUGGCCUCGGGGGAGACGGCCAAAGAGGGCAAGACGUACAGGUGUAAGGUCUGCCCUUUGACGUUCUUCACCAAGUCGGAGAUGCAGAUCCACUCCAAGUCGCACACAGAGGCCAAACCCCACAAGUGCCCCCACUGCUCCAAAUCCUUCGCCAACGCCUCCUACCUGGCCCAGCACUUGCGCAUCCACCUGGGCGUGAAGCCCUACCACUGCUCGUACUGCGAGAAGUCCUUCCGCCAGCUGUCCCACCUCCAGCAGCACACCAGAAUCCACACCGGUGACAGACCCUACAAGUGCCCACACCCCGGCUGCGAGAAGGCAUUCACACAACUCUCCAACCUCCAGUCUCACCAGCGACAGCACAACAAGGACAAGCCCUACAAGUGCCCGAAUUGCUACCGGGCCUACACGGACUCGGCCUCGCUGCAGAUCCACCUCUCAGCGCACGCCAUCAAGCACGCCAAGGCUUACUGCCGCAGCAUGUGCGGCCGUGCCUAUACCUCGGAGACGUACCUGAUGAAGCACAUGUCCAAACACACCGUGGUGGAGCACCUCGUCAGCCAGCACUCUCCUCAAAGGACCGAAUCCCCCGGCAUCCCCGUGCGGAUCUCGCUCAUCUAAGUGGGCUCUGUCCCACCCCGCUGCUGUCGGGGGGUGGCACCGUGU